GAAUGGCGCCUGGCAGCAUGGGCCGCGUUCUCUUCCCUGAUCCUCCCGAUGCUCGAGUUGCGUUCUACCGCGCUAUCGAGGAGACAGAUAAACCAUCCAAGUUACAGUCACGAGUACGUGACACACAUAAUGGAGAAGACCGUAGCAAACUCUUCAUUGCAAAGCAAGAUCGGAGACAAUAAUCAUCAGACAGAUGAGAGAGAUUUAAAUCCGACGUCGCACUGUAAUGAAGCUCCUGCUAUGCAACAGCAGGCACAGUUUACAUGCUCUUUAUACAUUUCGCGAGCUGGCGGCUUUCAAGAUCAGGGUCACAGAGACCAAGAUUGUGAACUACUGCGAAUUCAUCUCGAAGAGGCUAUUGUCGCUUCCGAACCGCUAUCGACGUGGCGUGUCUCUGAAACUCCAUGUGGUCUUAUAGCUGCUUUCGUACGAGAAAACGAUGCAGAGAAAUUCUUGCAACGCGGCGACUUAACUCGAGUGUUUGGAGGACCCGUGCAAGUAGCACGAUUUUCGGCAAGAGAUUCCCGAUAUCGUCAAGCCGUGCUUCUGAGAGACGUGCCGUGGGCUAUACCGCUGCAGGAUAUAAAUUCGGCUCUGGCAAAGCAAGGAAUUGUCGCUGGAAAUGUCGAACGUUCUCGACAAUUCGUUCGAGUAGAAGUUUUUGAUGCAGGUCAUUACGAAGCGUUGUUACGUCAGGGUCUGGAUUUUUUCGAAGUGGCUCGUUUCAAUGCUGUUCCAGAACGCUGGUGGCGUGGUGGCGGGACGACCACGUGCUCGUCUGAUGUAUUCUCACGAUACGCGAACGAUGGAAACAAUAUUCCACAAGCGUAUCAAGAAAAUAUAUCGCAAACGGCGGACAGCGUGUUACAAUGCUACCGAUGUCAGGGUUUCUGGCACGUGGCCGCUAAUUGCCGGCAUUUGCCGCGCUGCGUCCGCUGCGGCGAACCACACAGCGUUGAAUUUUGUCCAAGGCCGAGGAAUAACCCUAUAUGUUGCCAUUGCUCCGGUCCCCACCACGCUGGAUAUAGACAGUGCCCAGUCAGAUUGCAGCUGUCUAAUGCGACUCCCGUGAGCAUUACGUUGAGCACAAGUGGAGUUCAAUAUCCAGCGAGCGCUACGAACAAAUCGAAUCCCUCAUGCCACUCUCUGAGACAAGGCCACUGUUAAACAAUUACGUUGUUUAAUGAGCAAAAUUAUAGAAAAGUAUCGGUCUUAUUAACAUUCUUUUCGAAAUGUCAAUAGAAGCGCGUAUAAUAUCUCUUUAUAUUGCAUAACGAUCUACUACGAGCCACGAGCGAAAUUUAUAGAUUUACAUAAAAUGUGAAAACACGUUAUUCGCAUCGUCAUCGGAUAUAACAAAAACGCUUUUUUUAUAGAGACGCUAUUUCGACCGCAAAAAAUUCGCAAAUAGCAUAUAUUUUACAUAAUAUGUAAACAAGAUACAUUUUUUUAUUUUCAUUUUUAAGAUGC